CAAUCGGAAGCGGCGGAGUGCGUGUGUGUUUGUGUGUGUGUGCGUGUGUGUGUGUGUGUGCGUGUGUGUGUGUGUGCGCGUGUGUGCGCGCGUGUGUGUGUGAGUGCGUGCGUGUGUGUGUGUGUGUGCGUGUGUGUUUGUGUGUGUAUGUAUGUGUGUGUGCGCGCGCGCGCGUCAGGGCAAGUGGGGAGGGUGCCCCUGCCCAGGACAGGGAAGCCCUGCUAACAGGUCCCGGGGUCCAGGCGGCCACUCGAGCGCUCGGUCCGCCGGCCGCGGGCGGGUGCUUCCCCGAGCCCCUCCCCCGCGCGUGCGCGCCCCGCUCCGCCCUCCCCGCAGCCUCAGCUCCCGCGCGGCGGCGGCGGUUCCUUCCCCCCUCCCCCAGCCCUGGCUCCGGGGGACCCCGCGAUGCCGGUCCGCACCGAGUGUCCCCCGCCGGCGGGUGCCUCAGCCACAUCGGCGGCCUCCCUCAUCCCGCCGCCGCCCAUCAACACCCAGCAGCCCGGCGUGGCCACCAGCCUGCUCUACAGCGGCUCCAAGUUCCGCGGCCACCAGAAGAGCAAGGGGAACUCGUACGACGUAGAGGUGGUGCUGCAGCACGUGGACACUGGGAACUCUUACCUUUGUGGGUACCUGAAAAUCAAAGGCCUUACAGAGGAAUAUCCGACCCUUACAACCUUCUUUGAAGGAGAAAUAAUAAGCAAAAAACACCCUUUCUUAACUCGCAAGUGGGAUGCAGAUGAAGACGUUGAUCGGAAACACUGGGGCAAGUUUCUGGCUUUUUAUCAGUAUGCAAAAUCAUUUAAUUCAGACGACUUUGAUUAUGAAGAACUGAAAAAUGGGGAUUAUGUCUUCAUGCGGUGGAAGGAACAGUUCCUGGUCCCGGACCACACCAUCAAAGACAUCAGCGGUGCUUCCUUUGCUGGCUUCUAUUACAUCUGCUUUCAGAAGUCAGCGGCCUCCAUAGAGGGCUACUACUACCAUCGGAGUUCAGAAUGGUAUCAGUCCCUCAACCUGACCCACGUUCCUGAACACAGCGCGCCCAUCUACGAGUUCCGGUGACAGUGGUUCAGAACAGUGGCCAAAUAAAACUGAACUUGGCAACAAAGAGCUUUGCCAAGGAAAUUAUGUACCUGCCAGAACCAGGAGAGGUGUGUUCCUGUUUCCUCGCGAGCAGACUUCGUCAGAAAGCAUGAAUGUUAACCUACAGGAUCCAAGGAGCAUGGCCAACCUGCAGGCAGGCAGAGGGAGCUCUCCUCCCCCCUCCUUCCUCUCUGUGGCAUUGUGGUCACCAUCUGUCUCUGAACAAUCUUAAAUGCACUUUCCUUCCUGCACAGCUAACUUCUGCAUCACUGAAAUGCCAUCUUUCCUCAGUCUGCCUCUAGCCGAGUGGAAGGUCAGCUCCUGGGUCACCUCAGCCUUGGUGCUCAGUGGUCCCUACCCAGGCCCUCCUCCUUCCCCAGUUGCUUGUUUGGUAGCCCAAGGAAAGGCAGAGCCCAGCAUCUUGUGCCCUAGAGCUCUAUAUAUGGGGAGUUGUCUGGGCCUAGCAUCUACCACCAGUGAAAUGAGGUGGGGACCCUGGUGGGCCUCAUCAGUGUUUGAUUCCAGUUGAGAUGUCUUGUGGGGCAAGUGGCUCUGCUGAGCCCUAUAACUGUUAACAAUGCAAGACUAGCACAUGGCUGUCGGGUUUUCUGGGCCUGCUGUCGGGGAUCACUAAAUUUAAGGCUUCCAGAUCCCUGGUGGGAGCAAAUCCCAAACUGCUUUCUCAGUACAUUUGCUCCAAACUUCUGAACUUGAGGGCAAUACUAAAGUAAAAGAGUUUUUUAUUACAAAAUUAUUAUUUUUAUGGUACCUUUAACAAGGACCUUAUGGCAAAUGCACAAUUAUUCCGAAUUACAUUUUAUCGUUUUCACAUUGAAAACAGCAAAUGUUGACUUAGUGAUUUUUAUAUCUAUGUCUAUAUGUAUAUUUAAUCAACCAGCAAUUUUAAAACAAGUCAUCCUGGUACAAAAGAUUUACAGCAUUGCAUAAGUUACAGUAGUGCUAAACACAAGAACUGUUUCCGGGGCAGUUGAGCAUUUGUGCCUCCUCCUUUUGCUACUCAAAACAUCAGUGUGACAUGACAACCUUUUCCAAAGGCAGAAGGGGUCUCCAUUCUCCGGAAAGGAUGACUGAAAUGUUGGGAUGGCAUGAGCAGGAAAGAUAAAUGCGCCCAAAUAACUCGAGGCUCAUGUGCCAAAGUGCGGGGUAGGGGAGUGUUUUGGUUUGGUUUGGUUUGGUUUUUCUAAAUGUUUAAAAAGCUUGAUAGGUUGGCAUCAGUUGUAGUCCACAUGGUCAGGACUCUGGGGAAUUCUGGUGGUUUACAGGUUCAAACACAAGAGGAAAAAGCUUUAAAAUAAAUACAGAUCAGGGCUGGGAGUGCAGCUGAGAGAACACCAGCUUGUCACAUAUGAGGGCCUUGCUUCUGAUCCCAGUGCUGGAAAAAAGGGACACCAGGGGUAGCGGGUUGACUGUCCUCAUGGCACUGUGUAUUACUAAUGCUGAAUGUUUGGAGAGCCUUAAAAGAGCAGAAGUGGGGAAAGGAACCAGCAGUUACUUGUGGUAUGUGUAGUCCUUAGACUGUGAGCAGGGUACAACUUCAGUAAAGUCAGGGUUCAGAAAUCACAAAAAUAAAUCAUCCCAAGACUUACGUAGAAAAAAUGAUUGACAUCCAUUGCUAGGGCUGAAUCCCAUGGUUCCUUACCCUUGAAAAGCAACCUGGGUGUGGCAGUGCACCUGUAGCUCCAGCUCCCCGGAGGCCUAAGCCAAGGAGUUAGGGUCAGUUUAGGGUGAACCUAGACUCCAUCUCCAAACAAAAGACAUCAAAAUUCAACUGAACAUCAAGGGCUGGCUCUCUCAGAAACGCCUGGCUUACACUUUGGGACACCAUUGCUUCAGUUCCGCGGAGGCACGGCACUAAAGAGUGAAGGAGCCUGAGAGACUAUGCUGGCUUUCUCCCUGCAGCACACCCUCAGCUCCUCUGGCUCCUCCUCCUUCCACCAUGCCUUGCGUGCCAUGCAGGUAUCAUUCAGCAGUAGGUGGAGUCACCCCGAAGCCGGGGCUUGUGUUUAACUCAAGUAGCACACCAAUGGACAGCUUCUCUUAUAAAUUGGGUAGGGCAGGCUUUUUGUUUUUUGUUUUUUGCUGUUGUUUUUUGUUUGUUUGUUUUUCUCUUAUCUCUUUGGAGCCAGGGUCUCACUGUGUAACUCUGGCUGGCUUAGAACUCACUAUGUAGAGCAGGCUGACCUUGAACUCACAGAGUUCCAACUGACUACUCAGAGAGUACUAGGAUUAAAGGUGUGAGCCACCAUGCCCUGCUCCUUUUUCUUUCUUAGCUAAGGGAGUAUUCCAGUUGUGCUUAGAAAAAUGAGGGAAGGAUGCCUUUAGCAGACUUCAUGCGCACCUGAAGACUUGCUGCUUAGAAUUCUGCUCCUGAGCACUGGGCAGGAAAAACAAGUUCCAAUUCUUAGUAACUCCUACCUGAUGGACAGUGACUUUUCUUUUUUUUUGUCCCUGAAGGACCUCUGGGGACUUGUCUCCAUCUGUAACUCUUUCUCCAGCUGUCUUGGUGGUUUACAUGCCUCUGGUACUGUGUGCAAUAUCUUUGACUGACACUUGUAUCUAACAUUGAGAAAUAAGUGCAGACUGCAAAUUUCCUACUGUUCUCUACUCCAGCAAGCCAGCCCCCAGGCAGGGACUAGAGGGCUGGCUGCUCUCACCCUCCUCUAGGAAGGCUCCACGGCAGUGGCCAGCCUUGGCCCUCCCAUGCCCUGCUUUACCUCUCUACCCACCCAUCCCUUUUAAGAUUGUCUAGCAUUUCAGCUGCAGUCCAAAAGUAAGUAGACAAUGCUUAAUAUUAAGUAGGAAGUCAGUCGCUGUACUGGCUCUGUUAGCAGUGUUGAAAUCAGACUCCAGAGGAACAAGGGGUUUCCUCAAUGUCUUUUGCUUUCAGAAGCAGGGAAUUUAUAUUCUCUUUAAGGCCUUGAAUGGAUUUUUUUUUCCUCAUAAAAUAGUCACUGAUAAGCUAAUUUUUAAAAAGAAAUGCCAUUAAGUAUGUUACAUUGUGGUUUAAAAUUACUAACAAGUUCUGGGAAAGAAAAAUACUUGAUUUUGAAUCUUAAAUGUUUUUUAAAAAUUAGAUUUGAAUGGGCGCAAAGUAUGAAUAUUUUGUUUCUUUAUGGAAGACCUGUGGAAAGGGUUUGAAGAUUUGCAAUGGGAGAAGUAUUUUGCAGAGCUAUCAAUGUCUAAAUAAUUUUUAAAAAAAAAAUAAUAAAGGUAUUUAAGCA